AGGGCCUGGCCAGGGUGGCACAGACACGGGCAAGCAGGGGCCUCUUUCUGAGACGCACAUAUGUGCUCAGUCUCUUUUUGAAAGAUUCACAGGAUAAGAGCAGUGUGGGUGACCCUGGGACUUUGCUCUGCUCCUCAGCAGGAAACUACCUGGGCAUUUGUGAGUCUGGAGAACCCAUCAUGAGACGCUCAGCUGUUCUCCUCGCCGUGGCUUGCGCCACCCUCCUGGCUCCAGGGAUCGGGGCGCCUGUCCAACGGCAGGGCUCCCGGAACAAGCUGCUCCUCGUGUCCUUCGACGGCUUCCGCUGGGACUACGAGCAGGACGUGGACACCCCCAACCUGGACACCAUGGCGCUCGACGGGGUGAAAGCUCGCUACAUGACCCCGGCCUUCGUCACCAUGACCAGCCCCUGCCACUUCACCCUGGUCACUGGCAAAUACAUCGAGAACCACGGCGUGGUCCACAACAUGUACUACAACACCACCAGCAAGGUGAAGCUGCCCUACCAUGCCACGCUGGGCAUCCAGAGGUGGUGGGACAACGGCAGCGUGCCCAUCUGGAUCACGGCGCAGAGGCAGGGCUUGAAGACCGGCUCCUUCUUCUACCCUGGCGGUAACGUCACCUACCAAGGCAUGGCCGUGACCCUGAGCCGGAAGGAAGGUAUCCUGCACAACUACAAAGAUGAGAAGGAGUGGAGAGCGAACAUCGACACGGUGAUGACGUGGUUCACGAAGGAGGACCUGGACCUGGUCACACUCUAUUUUGGGGAACCAGACUCCACAGGCCACAAGUUCGGCCCCGACUCCCAAGAGAGAAAGGAGAUGGUGGCGCAGGUGGACAGGACGGUGGGCUACAUCCGGGACAGCAUCAGGCGCAGUGGCCUCGAGAGCCGGCUCAACCUGAUCAUCGCGUCCGACCACGGCAUGAGCACCGUCAACAAGAGCGCCAGCGACCUGGUGGAAUUCCACAAGUUCCCCAACUUCACCUUCAAGGACAUUGAGUUCGAGCUCCUGGACUACGGACCAAAUGGGAUGCUGCUCCCCAAGGAAGGGAAGGCAGACAAGGUGUACGAGGCCCUCAAGGAUGCCCACCCCAGACUGCACGUCUACAAGAAGGAGUCCUUCCCCAAGUCCUUUCACUACGCCAAUAACCCCAGGAUCACCCCCCUGCUCAUGUACAGUGACCCUGGCUACGUCAUCCACGGGAGACUGAACGUGCAGUUCAACAACGGGGAGCACGGCUUCGACAACAAGGCUAUGGACAUGCAGACCAUCUUCCGGGCUGUGGGCCCCAGCUUUAAGAGGGGUUUGGAGGUGGAACCCUUCGAGAGCGUCCACGUGUACGAGCUCAUGUGCAAGCUGCUGGGCAUCGUGCCUGAGGCCAACGACGGGGACCUCAGCAUCCUGCUGCCCACGCUCACACCCGAGACCAACGGGCCCCUCAGCACCCCGCUGCCCACGCGCACAUCGGAGACCAACGGGCCCCUCAGCACCCCGCUGCCCACAUCCCACUCAGAGUCUGUCCUCCUGCCAGGUGGCCGGCCCUCCUUGGUGACGGGACUGCUGGCAGCUGUAAUUCUUCUGGCCAAGGUCGCAUAAUGCCCCAUCGCUCCAGGUCAGUGGGCCAGGAGGUGUUGGGGAGGAUGGGACCACGCUCCCUGAGGCUCCAGCCUGACGACCCCCCCAUAGACCCGGGCCCACUCUGCUGCAGAGGAGUCAUUCCUCAGGAUCCCAGGCAGGCCCCUUCAGCCUC